UGGUGCCUCCAGCCAGGAGGCGGGAGUGACCCACACAGCAGCUGACCCAGCCCGGGCACUGCCUCUCCCACAGCCCUCAGGACACACCAUGGGCCCAGAGGCGGGUUUGCGGCACMGCAGCGACGACGCGGGUGACGACCCCGGCGACUCUCAACUGCCUCCCUGACCAUUGUGACCACCGCCCAACACCCCCGAGAAGCCGCUGCCAACCCUGGCAGGAGGAUCUAGGGGUCUCAAGGCCAUCUUCGCGAUCUACUAAAGCUACGUCAACAACUAUGGCGCGUGAGGGGCGGCGGGCGGAGCCGGCGGGAGAAGGCUGGGCCCUGUACGUCACGCCCCGAGCCCCCCUUCGCGAGGGAAGGCACCGGCUCGCCCCUCAAAAUGGCAGCGGCAGUGACGCGCCUGCGUACGGAACUUCUCCGUCGCGCCAGGGCCGGCGGGAAGUGAGGUUCUCAGAGGAACCGCCAGAAGUAUACGGCGACUUCGAGCCCCGGGUGGCCAAAGAAAAGUCCCCGGUGGGAAAACGAACCUCACCAGAAGAGUUCCGGCCGGAUUCUGCGAAAGAAGAAGUGAGAGAAAGCGCCUACUACCUUCGGUCUCGGCAGCGGAGGCAGCCGCGACUCCAGGAAGCCGAGGAGAUGAAGACGCGAAGGGCUACCCGCCUUCUGCAGCAGCAUUCACCACAGCCUCCUCUACCGCCGUCUCCGGUUACGGCCAGGAGAGGCUUACGGGACUCGCAGUCCUCUGAAGAAGACGAAACAUCUUACCAAACUGUUACAAGCCAGACAGUCUCAAAGAAAACUGUCGUCAGGAGAACCCAAGAGGCUCCAGCAGUGGCAAGUGAAGAUCCUGUGAUUAGCCUAUGUAGACCCCCUCUAAGAAGCCCAAGAUCUGAUUCAACUUACAAAACCAAUGGAAAUACUAAAAUGAGUGAAGUAGAAGCGGCCAGUGUCUUACAGAAGGUCAAUUUUUCCGAAGAAGAAGGAGAAACCGAAGAUGAUGAUCAAGACAGCUCUUGCAGUGACAUCACUGCUGUUAAGGUCAAAUCUGGGGAUUCUGUUGAAUCUAGAGAUCAAGACUUCACAGCUCAAGAAAAGCAAACUUCAGUGCUGAGCUCAGGAUAUCAAAAAAAUCCUCAGGAGUGUAUUGAACAAAAUGUAAGAAUGAGGACUAAGAUGCAAACAUCUUCACCAGGCAAGAGUUCAGUAUAUGGCCGUUUUCCAGAUGAUGACAGCAUUCAGAAAUCAGAGCUUGGAAAUCAGUCUCCAUCAAAUUCUAGCCAACAAGUGGCUGAACAACCCCAAAACGAAUCUUUUGUCAAGAGGAAAUGGGGGUGGUGGCUGCUUUUUAUGAUAGCUCCGCUCGCCUGCGGGAUAUUUUGGUUCCUUCAUACUCCUGAGGUAGAAACUGCUGCUGUUCAAGAGUUCCAAAACCAGAUGCAACAACUUAUGACUAAGUACCAAGGUCAAGAUGAGAAGCUGUGGAAAAGGAGCCAAACGUUCCUGGAAAAGCAUCUUAACAGCUCCCAUCCUCGGAAUCAGCCAGCUAUCUUGCUGCUCACUGCUGCCCGGGACGCUGAAGAAGCACUGAAGUGUCUGAGUGAACAAAUUGCCGAUGCCUAUUCUUCCUUCCGCAGYGUCCGUGCCAUCCGGAUUGAUGGGACAGGCAAAGCUGCUGAAGACAGUGAUAUUGUCAAACUGGAGGUAGAUCAGCAGCUGAGCAACGGAUUCAAAAAUGGCCAGAAUGCCGCAGUGGUGCACCGCUUUGAGUCGCUGCCUGCAGGCUCUACCUUGAUCUUCUAUAAAUAUUGUGACCAUGAAAAUGCAGCCUUCAAAGAUGUAGCUUUAGUUCUGACUGUCUUGUUGGAAGAGGAGACACUUGGAACCAGUCUUGGCCUAAAGGAAAUUGAAGAAAAAGUGAGGGAUUUCCUCAAAGUCAAGUUCACCAACUCAAACACACCCAGCUCCUACAAUCACAUGGACCCAGACAAACUGAAUGGGCUCUGGAGCCGAAUUUCCCACUUAGUUCUGCCUGUGCAACCAGAAAAUGCCCUGAAAAGGGGCAUCUGCUUAUAAGGGGUGAAAGAAGAGAAAAUCAUGUCUCAAGUUCUGAGAAUUUUUCAGACUUUGUAUCCAGAGUCAAAAUUCAGAGUACUUUUUGAAAGAACUGGUUUCUUUUUAAAGGAAGUUCAUGGAACAUCUAAAUCAUAUAUUCAACCUAAUUAUCUGUGACUUGAGAGAAUCAUUUCUCUGUUUCUGUUGAGAGCUAUGUUAAGAUAUUUAGGAGAGUAAAUUAUAUGCAGUCCYGUAGAGGAUCUGUGUUGGUUCUGGACUGAGUCUUUAUUGCUGCGGUGUGACAGUGAGAGGAGUUAGGCUCCUUUCCUAGGAACGGUUCCUGCUUUUUAACUUAGAUUUCUCACAGUUUGUUAUUAUUAAGGCAGCUCUCUGAUUGUAACCAUGGACUUUCCCAUUAUGUUUCCUUUUAUACCAUAGAGGUGUGAGUUCUCAGCUUCUGCUUGUUAGGAACAAAAGUAAUGAGCGGUCAUCUGAGUAUAUAUUUAGAAUUUUUUCCUUUGUUCUUGAAGGCUGGGGAUGAGGGAAGGGAAGAGAGGAAUUGUGGAAUGGAGAAUGCUGUGGAAGAGAAAAAGUCUCCAAGAUGAAAUGUUCAUGAARUCACUGAGCUAUAUGUUAGUCAGACAUCUGAACUGUGACCUCAGCAAAAUCUAUUGAGAUGUGUUUUGUUUCUUUCUCCCUGCUUCCUUCCUUCCUUCCAAGAAAUCCUUGGUUCUCCCAAGGAUUUUUAAAGCCUAUAUAUCACAAGGUUUAAUACAUUUUCUCCUUUGGCUCUUAAGGGCAUGUAAAUUCAGAGCAGUAUAUUUUGGACAUAACCAGAAGUUUGGGGUUUUUUGAAAUAAGCAAUACGGUUUCAGAAAUUGGCACACAGUUUGUUAACCAGCCAUCCUGGGCUAUUGAAGAAGGAUUUAAUUUUCUGCUUGCCCAUUUGUUGCAGUCCUUUAGUGACACUGCAUCACAAAUCUGAAGAUUUAUUAUGCACAUGAUAAAUUUUAUUGAGUGCCUCAAGCCAAAAAGAUAGUAAACUUUACCACAUGAGAAGAAUGUUAGAUGUACUUCUGUAGUAUUUUAAUUAUAACUUUGCAUUUAAAUUGAGCUUUCUCACCUGUCAACUGCUUUGGUUUUCAUAAAAUCUUAUAAUUCUGGACUCACCUUUUUUUUAAUUGGCCACAGGGCCAAUUUUAGAGUAUUCAAAGCAGUCAUUGACUUCAUCAUUUACCCUUUGAGGGUCUCACAACUGGUAGCURAGAGUUGUCUAGUUUCUUUCUAUUAGGACUAU